AUGCCGGUCAUCCCGGACUUUGAAACCCUCAGCCCGGGGCAGUGGACGUUCGGCGUUGGCGACGGGAAAGGCAACGAUUCCAAGCUCGGGGAAUGGAGCUCCCUUAUUGGCAUUAUCACCGCCAUCGUGGGAAACAUACUCAUCGCUCUCGCGCUAAAUGUCCAGCGGUAUUCGCACUUGCAAUUACACAGGCGCAGGGUGGAGGCGAAGGAACGAGCCAAGGAGGCCCUGAGAAGAGCUCGUAACGGCGCUGGUAACGGCUAUGGGACGACUGACAACGCCUCGACACCGGCCCAAUCCGACGACUAUCCCGAGGAUGGCGAGCUGCCAGAGACCCAUCCGCUUGCGCACUCCUUCCGGUCUGAAGACUCCGGCACAUCGGAUACUGUUGCGGAGAGCAAGGUGACGUCGACAUACCUCAAGUCGCCUUCUUGGUGGCUGGGACAAGUCCUCAUGACCAUAGGAGAGAUGGGAAAUUUCCUGGCGUACGGUUUUGCGCCCGCUUCCAUCGUCUCGCCUCUUGGCGUCGUGGCCCUGAUAUCGAACUGCGUCAUCGCGCCAAUAUUCUUCGGCGAGGUUUUCCGAAAACGGGACUUCUGGGGCGUUGUUAUCGCCAUCGCUGGGGCUGUCGUUGUUGUGCUGAGUGCGAAGCAAGAAGAGACCAAGCUCGACCCUCACGAUGUGUGGGAUGCUAUUUCGACCAUGGAAUUCGAGAUUUACAUGGCUGUGUCCCUUACUCUCAUUGUGGCUCUGAUGUGGGCGAGCCCCAAAUAUGGCAACCGGACCAUCCUCAUUGACCUUGGUCUUGUUGGUUUGUUUGGUGCUUACACCGUAUUGUCCACCAAGGGCGUGUCGUCCAUGCUUUCGUCAACUCUCUGGAGGGCUUUUACAACUCCCGUCACCUAUGUGCUCAUUGCCAUUCUUCUGGGCACCGCUGUGAUGCAGGUCCGCUACGUGAACAAAGCCCUGCAGCGCUUCGACUCAACUCAGGUUAUACCGAUUCAAUUUGUUAUGUUUACAUUGUCUGUGAUCAUUGGGAGUGCGAUUCUGUAUAGAGACUUUGAAAGGACAAGUGCCGAGCAGGCCUUGAAGUUUGUGGGUGGGUGUUUGUUGACGUUCUUCGGAGUCUUCCUCGUCACUAGCGGCCGGCCGCGGCAUGACGACGAAGACGGCCUCUCAGAUGAUGAAGGUGUGGAGGAAACAAUCGGGCUCCGAGAUCAAGAGGCUAGUGGCGCCGAAGGAAGGAAGCCCGCCCAGGAUCAGCAGCCUGCAGACUCUCCCAGCGCCUCCCGGCGAUCCUCCCGGGUCAGCUUCGCUGUGCGGCCCCCGCCUGUUCAACGUCACUCGGGCGUUCCGUCACUGAGACGUGGAGAUCCUCCGGCCUCGAGGACUUCAAUCGUAUCCAGAGGAUCGCCAGCUGAGGCUUCGCCGAUCCUCAGCAACCCCUGGGAAAAUGCACUUUCGCAUCCAGGUCUCCCGCCGACGUUCUCUGACGAUAGUGUUGUUACGAUCCACUCAACAACCACUGCACAAACAGAUCCUUUACCUAUCGACACCGGCGUCCCGCCACUAAUCAAUGUGCCGGCAUCACCCAAUGAUCGCCCAAGGACCCCGCGUGCCUCUUUCUCGUCCUCAAGGCCGCAUAGCCACCAUCUCACGAGUACCAUUUUCUCACCAUCACCCCUCUCCUCCACGGUUAGCGCAGUUGUAGGCGAUGCCCUACUGCGAGGCCAGGAAGGCCCGCUACCUAGGAGGAAAUCCAUUCGCCGCCUGCGAAGUGGCAUCCGCUCCAGCCUCUUUGUCCCGCAAAGCGACGAUGAGGAUGGACCCGAGUCGGAAGCAUUGCUCAGACCCGCGGAUACUGAGCCAGCGCCUGAACCAGCAGAUGAUAUCGUGGACGGGAACAGAAGCUUGAGGGGCCGAGCUAGGAGUCUCAGUAAUACCCUGGGUGAUUUCUUCGGGCGCAAGAGGGGACGGCGGAAUACCAACCCUGAGGGCGGGCCUACCCAGGACAGCCAGGACAGCGGCCCAGGAGGCGAACAAAGCGUAGACGCGCCGCCCCAACCAUGA